CUCGUGCCCCUCCUAACGCACUGAGAUGCUGCUGCAACCUCACACAUUUUUCGGACAGCCGCUGCAGAUCUGCCCACAGCCUAGCAGUGUCUUUGUAGAAACCACCCUCGAAAACUUUUCAGCAUCAUUCAGUUUGGAUCGGACAGAACACAACAGAACAGACGGCUCCGUCUGAGACCAGCAGGCAGGACUCGGGUGAAACGGUGCCAGAACUCGCGGUGUGUGUUUGGUGAAGCUGCGGGACGAUGAGACGUCAAAGUGUUAGGAAACUUCUGCAGUUCAUUGUAUUUUUCCUUCCACAUGCAGUGUGCGCACAAACAGUGCUCCCUCCAGAGUGUGCACCGGGAGGCCAUUCGGUCCUCCAGAACCCCUACCGCAGCACCACCUUCAGCUCCAGCUGGCUGCAGCAGUCAGCCCUGCAGGACUACAUCUGUGACCACUCCCUCACUCCAGGGUGGUACCAGUUUCAGCUUUUUGACAAGCCUGCCAGCAUGCCAACCCAGUGUGUGGAGGUGAACCACUGUGGUACUCAGGCCCCGGUGUGGCUGUCGCUGGGUGAGGAUGAAUCUCUUCCAGGGUCACUAGAGGUUCGGCAACUGACGGCCUGUGCUGUGUGGCAGUUCUUUCCAAGCAGCACCAAAGAGUGCUGCAUGUUCCACAUCCCAGUCACUGUCCGCAACUGUGGAGACUUCUAUGUUUACCUGCUGCAGCCCACACAGGGAUGCAUGGGUUACUGCGCUCAGGAGAUGUCAAGCACUCUGUUUGUGACCUGUGACCCUGAUGAAGUGAACAUCGAUGGAAGCUGUCAAACAAGGAAGCCCCCUCCUCCAUCUGUACCAGUGAUUGUGUCAGAGGUGACAAGAAACACAGUCCAGCUGAAGUGCAGCUUUGAGAGCAGCUCCAAUAGUUCCCUGGGUUACGUGGUGACCUGGUCCCGCCUCUCGCUUCAGGGUAGGAAGGAGGAGCUCAAACAGGAGACCACCAUCCAGACUUCAGCCCUCAUCGAGCUUGAUGGUUUUAACCUCCGUCUGGGGGACAAGAUUUAUUGUGCCGGCUCCAGUUUCUUCUUGGACUCACCAGCUACUCGUAGUGCUGCAGUGGAAAGUCAGGAGUUCUUUGCUGGGAUUAGGUUAAGACCAGAGGUGAGAAGUGUGUCUGAGGAUGGGAGGCUGUAUGAGCUGGUGCUUGAGAGCACAGUUCCUGUCCCAUGUUUGGGACCAUUCUCCUCUAUAGGGCAGUGCACUCUGAGCCUGCAACUCAGUACAGACAGUCUAGAGGAUGAUGUGUUGGGUGCAGAUCUGUCUCUUUCCUCCUGUGUGGUGGACCUGACCCAAGCUCGCUGUAGGUACGGGGUCUGUAGCUCGGCUCUGGUCCACUUCAGUCCUGUUACUGACUUUAUUUUGGAUGGAAACAGGACGACACACAUUUCAGUCAAACCCAUUGUCACAGACAACUUUCUGUGGAAUGGAUACUCACCAGAGCCAGUUCAGAUAGUAGUGAAGGACAUCCUGCCUGCUUACUGCUACUCCUUCACAGAUCCUCACAUAAUCACCUUUGAUGGAAGGCAGUAUGAGAACUACCAGAUAGGCACCUUUGUUCUGUAUAAGAGCAGUCUGUGGCCAUUUGAGGUCCACGUUCGUCAGUGGGAGUGUGGCAGCGUGGAACAUGCCGCCUCCUGUGUGUGUGGCUUUGUGGCGAGGGAUGGCGGUGAUAUUGUUGCUUUUGACAUGUGCAAUGGGGAACUGGGUGAAGCCAAGCCUCAGCUGUCAAUCAAGAACAGGGACCUAAACAAGAGUGGCAUCCGCAUCACUGAGUCCUACCAGGGACGCAAAGUCACUUUGAGCUUCUCUUCUGGAGCGUUUGUCCGGGCUGAUGUCUCUGACUGGGGAAUGAGUCUGACAGUGAGGGCCCCAGGUUCAGACUGGGGCCACACUGAGGGCCUCUGUGGGACGUACGAUGGCCAAUUAAAUAACGAAUUCCAUUCAGCAGGAGGCACCGCACUGUCUGAUCUGCACACCUUUAUUUCAGAAUGGAGGCUUCCUCCAGGUGGUAGUCUGUUUGACACUGUACCGUCGUCUUCAAGUACAUUUACACCCAGCAAGUUCUGUAACUGUCAGGCAAAACCUCGUCUCAUGUCGUCCAGAGCCAGAUCUCAACUGGUCUCAACCUCCGAGUCCACCUGCUCCCAUUAUGGUAAUGUACAUGUCUCCACUGUCAUCCCCACUCUGGAUGUCACAGCAGAGUACAUUGGCUCAGUGGAAUUGCUCACUGGUGACAGCAGUGAAAAACAGAAACUUCCACAACAAAACUCACAAGACCAAAGUCAGCACCAGAGCAGGGGCAGACGCCAGCCACAUAGAUCUGUUUCUAACUACCAAAGCCUCAGUCAGGCGGAUUUGGAGGGAUUUGCCUACUUCUUCCCAGAGGACCAUGAACCAGCUGCUCAGCCGGACUCUUCACCUUCAUGGCCCACACCCUCUGGUCUGACUGAGGAGCAGGCCAGGGCUCAGUGCCAGCAGGCCGUGGCCAACUCCAGCAUUGCAUUAGGUUGUGCCCAACUGCUAAAAGAGUCUUUAGUUAGCCGCGCAGUGAGCAUGUGUGUUUACGACCUGCAGCUGAAGGAUGAGCUGUCAUGGCUGAAUGCAACAGUACCCCUGCUGGAGAAUGAAUGUGAGAGGAGGAUGCUGGAGCAGAGGAGAAGAGAAGAAGAAUACCAGGAUGUUCUGUCCACGCUCAGGUGUCCCGAUCUCUGUAAUGGCAACGGCCAGUGCUCAGAGUGGGGUUGUGUGUGCUUCCCAGGAUUCGGGUCCUAUGACUGCAGCAUUCUGUCUGACCAGAUCCCAGAGAUCACUGAGUUGGAGAAAGAGGGUCUUUGUGACAUCCGACAAAGGGACUGUUCCACCAUCCAGAUCUAUGGCCAAGGUUUCAAGGAUUCCUACAAGCUCAAGUGUGAGUUUGUUAGAGAAAAGUUUGUGGAAGAGGAGUGGGUUCUGGAUGAGCCCCAGUUUGUCCUGGCCACCUUCCUGGAUGAGAUGGCUCUGGAGUGCCAGCUCCCACUGGAGGAUGGCCAGGCUCCUGCAGGCCCCAAUCGGGUAACAGUGGCAAGCAGACCACUGGCCCGCUGGCAGAUCAAAGUUUCCAAUGAUGGCUACAGCUACAGUAAUGCCAAGAUACUGACAUUGUUUGAUGGUGCCUGCCAGAUCUGCAGCCUCAACGCUGAAGUCCUCUGCACCCUCAGGGAUAACACCUGCAACAUUGAUGGUCAGUGUUACAGCAACAACGAGACCAAUCCCAGCAGCCCUUGCCUCACAUGUCGUCCAGAUACCUCCAAACACACAUGGUCCAUAGCAGAGGAGAACAAACCUCCAGUUCUCCAGUCAUUGCCAUUCUCUCUACGAUCUUUCCAUGGAGAGGAUUUCAUGUACCAGCUUCAGGCUCAGGACCCUGAGGGCUCAGAUGUGCUCUUCAGGCUUGAAUCAGGCCCAGAAGAUGCAUCUGUGUCUCCAGCCGGACUGCUCAUGUGGAAGGCCACCUCUGAAACUAGCAAUACACACACUUUUCAGAUUACUGUGUCUGACGACUGUAAUGCUGAGACCAGAGCUUCAGUACAGGUCUCUGUGCAGGCCUGUGAAUGUCUGAACAGUGCAUCCUGUGUAUCCAGUGUCCAUGUCCCUGCUGGCAGCGGCUCAUACCGGUGUGUGUGUCCUGAUGGGUUUGCAGGGGAGAGGUGUGAGGUGGACAUUGAUGACUGUAAACCCAACCCCUGCAGACUGGGUCGCUGUAUUGAUGGGCCCAAUUCUUUCUCCUGCAUCUGCCCUCCUGGAAUGACAGGCCAUUCCUGUAGAGAAGAUAUAGAUGAGUGCACCUCUCAGCCAUGUUUCCAUGGAGUAGCCUGUAACAACACACUGGGCUCCUUCAUCUGUGGAUCUUGUCCACAGGGCUACAGUGGAGAUGGCAAAAACUGCACAUCCAGAGUACAGGUUUCAGUGAGACCCAGACUCUCAGGUGUCUCCCCAUGCUCUAGAAGGCCGUGCCACCCUGGGGUGCAGUGUUUUGAGAGCAGUCACAUUGCAGCAGGUUUUGUCUGUGGACCGUGCCCCCCUGGUCUCCACGGAGACGGACGCACAUGCACAUCAAUAGGCCAGGGGACAGUCAUCAGUGGAGUAGAAGGGCAAAUACAUGUCACCAAAUCAAAUUCCGUAAAGGAAAUAGCAUCCACAUCCACAUCAGCUAGAAGACCCCCUGACAGGAAGACAAGUCCUGUAACUGUGAGCUCCAGCAGUAGGAUGAUGUCAUCUACUGACAGGAAGUCCACUGCAGCCCCCACUGUCCAACGAAGCCAGCCCAGUGGGGUAGAGCUCAACCCUGACCUCACCACAGGGGUCAGACGGGGUUCACCGCAGCGCCAUGUGACCUGUGCUGAUGCUCCUUGUUUUCCUGGUGUUCCCUGUGAGCCCACGGUCACUGGAGCAUUCCAGUGUGGACGCUGCCCUUAUGGUUACGCAGGAGAUGGAGUCACAUGUAAAGCUAUCUGCAGGUAUCAGUGUGGGCGAAACAUGGAAUGCACACUUCCUAACACCUGCACCUGUAAAGAAGGAUACACUGGAUACAAGUGUCAUAUAGCGGUGUGUCGACCUGACUGCAAGAACCAGGGAAAGUGUGUGAGACCUAAUGUGUGUGAGUGUCCUGUGGGUUACAGGGGACACACCUGUGAGGAAGCAAGCUGCGAGCCGCCAUGUCAACACGGAGGCACCUGUCUGGCCAGAAACCUGUGUACCUGCCCCUAUGGCUACGUGGGGCCGCGAUGUGAAAUAAUGGUGUGUAACAGGCACUGUGAAAAUGGAGGGGAGUGUGUUUCUCCUGACGUGUGUAAAUGCAAACCAGGCUGGUAUGGGCCAACAUGUAACUCAGCUGUCUGUAACCCUGUGUGCCUGAAUGGAGGAACAUGCAUAAAACCAAACAUCUGUGCCUGCCCCAGUGGAUUCUAUGGCUCCCGGUGUCAGAUUGCUGUGUGCAGUCCUCCCUGUAAGAACAGAGGUCAGUGUAUGAGGAACAAUGUUUGCUCCUGCCCUGAAGGCUACACAGGAAAACGAUGUCAGAAGAGUGUGUGUGAGCCCAUGUGCAUGAACAAAGGCAAGUGUGUGGGUCCCAACGCAUGUUCCUGUGCAUCCGGGUGGAGGGGCAAGAGGUGCAACAUACCUGUGUGUCUGCAAAAAUGUAAGAAUGGAGGUGAGUGUGUAGGUCCGAACACCUGCCACUGUCCAGUCGGCUGGGAGGGACUUCAGUGUCAGACACCGUUGUGUAAACAGCAGUGUCUGAACGGAGGCCGCUGUGUGCUGCCAGACUAUUGCCACUGUCGAAAAGGCUACAAAGGCCUCACCUGUGCAUUAAAGGCUUCACAAGCAUGAUAGAAGACAAAUUACACAUGGAAGAGAGAACUGCACAAGAACAGGAGCUGUGUGACAAGAGUGUGUGUUGAUGGAUUUAUGUAAUUGUUUGAAUGAAUGGCAAUGUUUGUGCACAUUUGAAUGAGAGGGAUUGGAUGUAUUGGAUUUGUUUUUGUUCUUGUAUGUCACUACCUCAGAGCUUUCAUUAACACCUUUCUGUUAAAUGCAUUAGCACAGGGCUUACACAGAAACAUAAUAGCUAGUGUUACAGCAUAGUUUGAUGCACAAAAGUACAUCACAAUCAGCAUCAAUGGCAAAUGAAUCAAAUAUGAUUCAUUACGAAGAUGUAGGGUUUUUAACUACAAGAUAUACACCAGUAACGUGUUUAAAACUGAAGACAUGGGAAUGAAUAUGCAUUUUUCUUUAUUUCUUUUAAUAUAUUGUUUGCUUAAGCCUGUUUUAGUUUGUUUCCUAUUUACACAGAUAGCAAAUAUACGAAUUACCACCUUAAAUGGAGUCGACUGUCUCACUUGUGAUGUUGAGAAAUUUUAUCAGUGUUACACUGCUCUAGUCUCUACAGUUGGUUGUAGGAACCCAAGUGAAAUUUAUUAAGCCUACACUGUACAAGUUAGCUAAAUGUUACUUAAUGGGUCAAUAUCAUUAAGUGUCUUUCAGACUACAACAUAUGCAAAAAAAAAAAAAAACAACUUGAGAUUUUCCACUUCACUUUAUGUUCAAUGUGCAACUGUAGGCUGUUAGAAAUGCAUGUUGGUCAAGCUCCCACAUUUUAAAAUAAUUUUUUUGCAAGCAGACCACAAAAUAUGAAACACAUAUGUCCACCCUGUCACCAACAAAUACAUGUAAAAAUAAGUGACAGGGUGGCCAGUUUCGGCUAAAGUUAGCAUUUAAUGACCACAUGUUGAACUUUAAGUUGGCAAACUAGGUCAUCUUUGAAGAGGACUGUGUAAUGUUCAACAAAUAUAUUUUAAAUUUCUGAAAGGUUUUAUUUUAAACCAUAUUUUGUGGUGAAAGGAUGGACAUGCUAAGCUUGACCACAUGGUCAACAAGUGGUCAAGCUUAGAUGCUUAGAUCAAAUAAGCUUUUCCAACUCAGCGACACACCUGCUGAGGAAAAAACUCUGGUCAUUGGCAGCUCUAUUGUACGGAAUGUUAAGUUAGAGACACCACUGAUCAUAGUUAAAUGCAUUCCGAGGGCCAGAGCAGGCAACAAUGAGUCAUAUUUAAAACUGCUGGCUAAGGAUAAAUGUAAAAUAGUAAUAGGCGCCGUAAACUACCAGUACCAACCCUACGGGGCAAGAGAAAGACCAAAAAAGUGCUACCGAAACAGGAGUUUAAGAUAAAACUGUGGUGUUAUAGUGCCAUCUACUGGCGUAACAUGUACACUACCUUACACCCACCCCCUCUUUAACUGAUGGUGUCCCAGUCAUCAGAACAAAUGAAAUAAAGCAAGAACCAACUACUAAACAUAAACAAAGAAAACAGUCAAAAUAAAUGUGUGAUGAAGGAAUGACUGUGACGUGCAGUGAUGUGUGA